AUGACUGACUUUGAAAAAUCUAUAAUCAACGCUUGUCAAGAAGUUUAUCCAAAUUGUCCUCUCAGUUGUUGCUUUUUUCAUUUCGGUCAAUCAAUGUAUCGACAAAUUCAAUCUGUUGGUCUUCAAGCCACAUACAAUGACCCUGAUGAUCGUUCAUUAAAAAUGUACAGUCAUAUGAUGCUAGCGUUGGCAUUCGUACCUUUGGCUGAAGUACCUCGCAUUUUCUCGCUUUUGAAAAAUGACGCGCCUGAAGAUUUAUUACCAAUUUUGGAAUAUUUUGAAAAAAAUUAUGUUGUAGGAGUAAUAGCUAGAGGGCGAAGACGAGGAAUUCUUCCACGUUAUCCGCCAGAAAUUUGGAAUCAGCACCAAGCCGCUCUAACUGGUUCACACAAAACCAACAAUGUAAGUGAGGGGUGGCACAAUCGCUUCCAGCUUGUUAUUGGAAAACAUCAUCCAGAUCUUUACUCCGCUCUCGGUGAGAUCCAAAAAGAACAAGCUGAUGCUGAGAUAAUGAUCGCGGAGCUGAGUUUAGGACGAAAAGUUAGAGCACUACCAAAAAGAAAAUGGCGGGAUUUUCAAAAGCGAAUAAUGUCCAUUACUGCUGAAUUUAAUACAUACCAGCCGUUACAAUUUCUGAGGGCAAUCGCACAUAAUAUUGUUUUGUAA